CAGGUACAUCGACGGCACAAGAACCGGACGGAGCUGGGUUCGAUCCGUAAAAGGCGCGUAUGUCGGAUCCGGAUCAAAAUCGCUCCGAAGCUGAGCUUCCUCAGAAGAAUCCCUUCGCCCAAGAAUUUGUUGGUGUGGCUAUGGGCCGCCUUCAUCUGGCUUUGUGGCCCCAUCUCUGGCUUGCUCGUCCAACGCCAGUCCGUCAAGCACGAAGAGUAUAAAGUGCAUUGUUACAACAGCAAUGGUCUCUGUGCGCUGGGUUUUAUGGAUGAUCACUAUCCUGUCCGAAGUACAUUUUCUCUGCUCAACCAGGUGCUGGAUGAAUAUCAGAAAGCUUUUGGUGAUUCUUGGAGGACUGCACAACAGGAUGGCACACAACCGUGGCCCUAUUUGAGUGAGGCUCUAACGAAAUUCCAGAAUCCUGGCCUCGGCGAAUACAUUUCUGGUGCCAUUCUUUUCGAGGAAACACUUCACCAGUCUACAACCGAUGGGAAGAAAUUUGUGGAUGUGUUGCGUGACCAGAAAAUUGUACCUGGAAUCAAAGUUGACAAGGGUUUGGUUCCCCUGCCGGGAUCAAACAAUGAAUCUUGGUGCCAAGGCUUAGAUGGAUUGGCUUCACGAUCUGCUGAGUACUACAAGCAAGGUGCUCGUUUUGCUAAAUGGAGUACAGUUGUUAGCAUUCCUUGUGGUCCUUCUGCUCUAGCUGUUAAGGAAGCUGCAUGGGGACUUGCUCGUUAUGCUGCCAUUUCUCAGGACAACGGUCUUGUGCCCAUUGUAGAACCUGAGAUUCUUCUCGACGGGGACCACCCAAUCGAAAGGACACUUGAAGUGGCAGAGAAGGUCUGGUCCGAAGUUUUCUAUUACUUGGCCGAAAACAAUGUGGUGUUCGAAGGAAUCCUUCUUAAGCCCAGCAUGGUUACCCCAGGGGCUGAACACAAGGAAAAGGCUACUCCAGAAGCCAUUACAAAGGCUACCCUCACAGUUCUUAAAAGGAGAGUUCCUCCUGCAGUACCUGGAAUCAUGUUUUUGUCAGGGGAACAAUCCGGAGCUGAAGCUGCUAAGCCUGCCAUAGGAGGAGAUAUAAACAUCAAUGACCACCACAAAAAGAGAAAGCAAAUUAUACAAACCCAGCAAACCAAAAGCACAAAAUCAGAAAUGGACUCCGUAAAGUCCUUCAAGGGCUACGGCAAAAUCGACGAGCUCUCUCUGCAGGUCGCCUUUCACGCCGCCGCGAAGCUUCCCGGGCUGCCUGCGAAAAUCGGCCGGAACAUCGCCAAUAACACCCACCUGGAGAAAGUUCUAGACGUCUGCGAGGGCCUGUUUGAAGACGUGGUUGACAGGCUCAAUGACUAGCUGACCUCCAUGGAUGUGAAUCAGGGCGACAAGCUUCUCUCCGCCGCCAAAAUCAACGACAUCAAGACGUGGUUGAGCACCACGUUUAGGCAUGCUGAGC